UUGACAGAGAGAUAGCUUAAAAUACUUAAUAGGGACCGAGCGCACAACACCACUUGUCUCUUCAAAGCUCAUCAUGAGGAUUGAAGUUGCUCUCCAGCUGGGCUUCCUCAGCCUGUGUCUAACCCUGGUGCUUCUUGGAGAAGGAAUGGGAGAUGUACUUCCUGAACCAGCACCAGUAAACUGUGUUUUGAGCCGCUGGUCAGAGUGGACUUCUUGUGAUGCUUGCACGAAAACCAGAAGACGUUCUCGGGGUAUAGAAGUGUUCAGCCAGUUCGGUGGUGACUCCUGCCAGGGGUCACUGGGGGACAGGGAGUCCUGUACACCAGUUGCUCAGUGUGUGCCACCUCCGGCCCCUGAAUGCUCCAACAGAGAGUUCCAGUGCGAGUCAGGUUCUUGCAUCAAAAAGAGAUUAUCUUGCAACGGAGACGCUGACUGUGAGGAUGGAUCAGAUGAGAACUGCAAGCCUUUGCGUAAACCCUGUGGUACGUUAGUCAUGGAAACCAAUAAGCAAGCGAGGACAGCAGGAUACGGCAUCAACAUCUUGGGGGCACCUCCUCGAUUGAACCCCUUUAACAACGACAACUUCAAUGGGGGUUGUGACCGAGUGAGCAAUCCAGACACUGGGAAGAAUGACAGGAUUCCCUGGAAUGUCGGUGUGUUCAGAUAUGAGACUAUGGUGGCAGAAAUCAGCUUAAAAGAAAUCUAUGAAGACGCAAACACCCUCCUGAGAGAAAUGCUGAAAGAGAUGAGUUUCAAAGUGGACGCUGGACUUUCCUUCAAAUUUAGCCCAAGUGAGCCGACCAUGGAUGAGUCUUCCUCUGCCCCAACUGACGUGUCCACGGCACAGGCUUCUUCAAGUGCGGAUGUGGGGGGUGGAUAUGAGAAGAAAGAAAUGAUUAAAACUGUCUCAGAGUACUCCAACGUUAAGAACAAGAGCUUUAUGUGGGUGAAGGGCAGAGUACAGGUGAUUACCUACAUGCUGCGCUCCAAUGAACUCCAAACAGCAAAUUUAUUCUUGGAGCACGUCAAAUCUUUGCCCUUGCAGUAUGAGAAGGGGAUCUAUUUUGCCUUCCUGGAGGACUACGGAACUCACUACACCAAAAGUGGGAGUAUGGGCGGUGAAUAUGACUUGGUCUAUGUUCUCAACCAGGAUGUCAUUAAGGCGAAAAAUCUGACAGAAACAAAGAUUCAAGAAUGCAUCAAAGCAGACAUUGCAGGCAGAGUUGAGGGUCUUGUCAACUGUGAUACUGUGACAAACAAAACCCAAGCAGUGGUUGAAAAGGUGAUUACUUCAGUCAAAGGAGGAACUCAAGUCAGCGCUAUGGUUAUGAGGGAUAAACUGAUUAAGGAAGGCGGCAUGGACGUCGCUACACAUCAGAACUGGGUUCGGACCAUCGCUGAAAACCCUGCGCUGUUUACCAGUGAGAUGGAGCCCAUCUAUAACUUGAUUCCACUGGGAAUGGCUGACGCAAAUACCAGGAUAGCCAACCUGAAGCAGGCCACUGCAGACUACGUGGCAGAGUACAGUGUGUGCAAGUGUAAGCCUUGUCACAACGGCGGCACUCUUGCUCUGAUGGAUGGGAAGUGUAUGUGCCUUUGUCCUAACCUGUUCGAGGGCAUGGCCUGCCAGAAUUACAAGAGUGAUAAUGCUGGACAACCACGUACAAGACCUACCGUUAGUCAGGAGGGUAACUGGUCAUGCUGGUCAAGCUGGUCAGCCUGUAGCGCAGCCAAACGCACCAGGACACGCAGCUGUAACACAGACGGGCUGAUUGGAGCUACGUGCAGAGGGGACACCUCCAGUGAAGAACACUUAACUGACCCUCAUACUCACAAGCCCCUGGCUGAGUGCGGCUGUCUCAUCAUGAGGACUGAAGUUGCUCUCCAGUUGGGCUUCCUCAGCCUGUGUCUAACCCUGGUGCUUCUUGGAGAAGGAAUGGGAGAGGUACUUCCUGAGCCAGCACCAGUAAACUGUGUUUGGGGCCGCUGGUCAGAGUGGACUUCUUGUGAUAAUUGCACGAAAACCAGAAGACGUUCUCGGGGUAUAGAAGUGUUCAGCCAGUUCGGUGGUGACUCCUGCCAGGGGUCACUGGGGGACAGGGAGUCCUGUACACCAGUUGCUAAAUGUGUGCCACCUCCGGCCCCUCAAUGCGCCGACUCAGAGUUCCAGUGCGAGUCAGGUUCUUGCAUCCCACAAAGAUUAGCUUGCAACGGAGACCCUGACUGUGAGGAUUUUUCAGAUGAAGACUGCGACCCUUUGCGUAAACCCUGUGGUACGUUAGUCAUGGAAACCAAUGAGCAAGCCAGGACAGCAGGAUACGGCAUCAACAUCUUGGGUGCAGCUCCUCGAAUGAACCCCUUCAACAACGACUACUUCAGAGGGAUUUGUGAACGAGUGAGGAAUCCAGACACUGGGAAGAAUGACAGGAUUCCCUAUAAUGUCGGUGUAUUCAGAUACCAGACUGAGGUGACGGAAACCAGCUCUAGAGAAAUCUAUGAACACACACACACCCUCCUGAGGGAAAUCCUGAAAGAGAUGAGUUUCAAAGUGGACGCUGGACUUUCCUUUAAAUUCAGCCCAAGUGAGCCGACCAUGGAUGAGUCUUCCUCUGCCCCAACUGACGUGUCCACGCCACAGGCUUCUUCAAACGUGGAUAUUGGGGGUGGAUAUGAGAAGAAAGAAAUGAUUAAAAAGGUCACAGAGUACUCCAACGUUAAGAAAAAGAGUUUUAUGCGGGUGAAGGGCAGUCUACAGCUGAGCACCUACAGGAUGCGUUCCAGUAAUCUCCAAACAGCUGAUUCAUUCUUGGAGCACGUCAAAUCUUUGCCUUUGCAGUAUGAGAAGGGGAUCUAUUUUGCUUUCCUGGAGGACUACGGAACUCACUACACCAAAAACGGGAAGACUGGCGGUGAAUAUGACUUGGUCUAUGUUCUCAACCAGGAUGCCAUCAAGGAGAAAAAUCUGACAGAGAGAAUGGUUCAAGACUGCAUCAAAGUAGGCAUCAAAGCAGACAUUGCAGGCAAAGUUGAUGGACACGCAGAUGUGAACAACUGUGAUACUGUGACAAACAAAGACACAGCUUCCACUGAUGGAAAAGCAGUGGUGGACACGGUGUUGACUUCAGUCAAAGGAGGAACUCUAGAAACCGCUGUUGCAAUGAGGGCUAAAUUGAAUAAGGAAGGUAUCAUGGACGUCCCUACGUAUCAGACCUGGGCUAAGAGCAUCUCUCUCGUCCCCGCAUUGCUCCACAGUGAGGCGGAGCCCAUCUAUAACUUGAUUCCACUGGGAAUGGCUGACGCUAAUGCCAGGAUAGCCAACCUGAAGCAGGCCACUGCAGACUACGUGGCAGAGUACAGUGUGUGCAAGUGUAAGCCUUGUCACAACGGCGGCACUCUUGCUCUGAUGGAUGGGAAGUGUAUGUGCCUUUGUCCUCAACUGUUUGAGGGCAUGGCCUGCCAGAAUUUAAAGAGUGAUAAAGCUGGACAACCACCUACAGGUACAAGACCUACCGUUAGUCAGGAGGGUAACUGGUCAUGCUGGUCAAGCUGGUCAGCCUGUAGCGCAGCCAAACGCACCAGGACACGCAGCUGUAACACAGACGGGCUGGUUGGAGCUACGUGCAGAGGGGACACCUCCAGUGAAGAACACUGCUAAACACAUGCAUUACUUUACUAAAAUCAAAACGGCCUGAGCAUUUUUGUCUUUACAUGUUUAGUUGGGAAAGCAGAGCCAUCUUGAGGUUGGUAAUGCAUAAUGCAGUUCUUAAAAUACUUUUCUUUUGUGUAGAUAGACUACUUUUUUUAGUUUUUGUGAUUUAAAUAUGUGGCUUUGAUGUUACACUUAUGGAUUUAAUUUAAAAAAACUAUUUUACCCCAGCACACUGUUUUGGUACAAAUAAAACAACUUUAUUGAACACAAACAGCCACAAAACUAUCAAGCAAAGUAUGUAUCAUUUUAAUAAAGAUGUGAUGCCAGAGUCUUCCACAGUAGGCUGUGUUGUUUGCAUUUCAUCAGCACCAGUGCUGAAUUAAAUGCUCGAGCCUGGUUAUGUUUCAUUUUCAUCUUUGCCAAAACUUCAUCUUGCUCCAUUUUGAUAAAAUGAAUAAAAUGAAACUGCAUCCAAA